GUUCACUACAGCACGUCCGUAUAUGAAGCAUGUUUGAUCAUAUCAGCCCUGCAAACUUUUGCCUGGUUAACCCACCGCCGGAUAUCCUUGUGAUCCUCUCUCCACCCCCUUAACACACUCUUUGCGACUAUCAAUAAUUAUGCGAAUACAGUCAUUGGCCCUGCUCGGGACACUCUUCUCGGUUGUCGCUGCACAGGCUGAACCCACCGCGGAAGUGCUCCCAAGAUGGCCUUCCACCGAAUCCUCACCCCUCGCUGAGCAGACACGCGCAACAUUAGAAGACAAUAGCCAUCCAAGGAACGAUCGCAGCUGGAUUCUCCAAAAACGAGCUUCGACUGCAGAAGAGGAUGCAGCUACUACGGCGGAGGAAACUUCCAGUGCAACUGAAGAGGCUACAGCGAGUGCGACCGAGGUGACCACGCAGGAUGCGACCACCACAGCUGCCGAAACCACCUCAGCGUCAACAACUACCGAGGCUUCAACCACCUCAACUGAGUCUUCAACUACGUCGACCUCGAGUACAACUAGCUCUACAAGUACUACAAGUUCAACAACCUCCACAACCUCCUCCACUUCACAGUCUACGACAAGCGCGUCGACCACCUCCACAAAGAGCACAUCUACUGCCUCGAAAACCAGCUCGACAUCCACUGCGACAAGCACUAUCAGUGCUGAAAUGCGAGAGUAUAAUCACCGUGGAGCAGUGGCUGCUAUCAUAACUUUCAGUAUCGUGGGUUCUAUCUUCGUCGGGUACGCCAUCAUCCACUGUCUCCAGAGUUCGCGCAGAAAUCGCAAGAUCGCAGCGACCAAGGCGGCGGCUGAUGCGAGAUCAAAUUAUUCUAUGGUGCCGUUAAGCGAAAAUCCGAAGUCACAAAGUGAGGUCAACCUUGACCGUUCUUCUAUGAUGUUUGCUACCCAAUCCCGUACGGAUUUGUCGUCGAUCGCCUACCAAGGCACUGCUCAGCCGAUGACACGACCUUCAUCCAUAGCGGCGGGCGAGACUCUCCACCAGGGUCUGGCAUCAGGCACCCCCUCUAAUACUCGACCAAAUUUCAUUUGAUAGGGGCGGGAGGCAUGAGAUACGCACCCACCAUGAUCAGCGUAGAAUUUCGUGUCGG